GUUUAUGCAUUUGUAUUAAUCGUAAGUGAUAGUGCUAGGUGGGUGGGUUUAGUCUUUGUGAUAUAUUCCACAUUAGGGAAAACAAAUAACUAUAAAACGUCAUUUCAAAUAAGAUUAUGCACACCUUUGUAGACUUGGAGAUUGCAGUUACAGUAUUUUAAAAUAAAGUAAUUACUUAUUUCCUAGGUACUUAUUCUGUAAAUCUAUACUGUGAGGUACGGUUAUGGAUUUUAAAAUGAAGUUAUAAGGUCUAGGGUUAACGAUAUGAUUAGGAGUUAAGAUUAUUGUUAUAGUUAGGAGUAGAUUGAAGCACAGUGUCAGAAAUAUCAGUGAGUCUCAAAGUACCAUAACCCUAUAGGUGACUGUUUACAGUCACCUGGAUGGAUGCAUCUAUCGCGCAAGGUAUGAUUUCUACAUAGGUCAUCUAUAUGGUCACUGAGAGACAUUCUUACAACACAUAAUCGACAACUAUGUAGUGUAAAAUCAUUUGUGCAAUGUCUUUUAGUGCAUUUUUUCAACGACCACGCAACUUUUCUGCAUCUGAAUUCCAAUUUGUUGUUUUGACUAUGACAGUUUAAAUUUGACAAAUCUGAGAAUCUGUCCUCUCUUUAACUGUAUCAACUGGAGUUGAUUUACUUAUGCAAAUCUCCAUGUUAUCAAGUCAGUUAGCAUGUCCAGUUGGGAGAGUCCUUGAGCUUAAAAGCACAAAUAAAACAGUUAAGUUAAUUGCCAAAUACUGAUGCACCUUUAGGUGUCAGAUGUUUUCCAUUUAUUUACCUCUACAGUGAAAUUAUCCUUUUCUAAAGGUAUCUGACUUUAAAUUCACUAUGUCAAAAUCUUUGAUGUCAGUGUCUACUGAUUUAUAUUUCGUAUUUUCUGAAAAGAAUUCCCCUGUUACAUAGAUGUUACAUUGUGCUUAGUAUAUUUUUCUUCUAACAGGUAUUUUAGAAUGUCGCAUAAAUUAUUUUACUUAAUUGCGACAUUAAUUGCUCAUUUGUGUUUGGUAAAUGCGGACACUCCUGCUAAUUGUACAUAUGAGGAUGCUCAUGGUCAAUGGAUCUUUCACGUUGGAGAGUAUCAAUCAAAAUGUUCUGAAAAUUUAAAACCGAAACAGUUUGUCACUAUCAAUCUUUUAUAUCCGGAUAUUGCUAUUGAUGCAUUUGGGAAUAGAGGACAUUGGACACUUAUUUACAAUCAAGGUUUUGAAGUGACAAUAAAUCAUCGUAAAUGGUUAGUUAUAUUCUAUUAUAAAUCAAAUGGAGAUUAUAAUUGUCAUAAAUCUAUGCCAAUGUGGACGCAUGAUACUUUAAUUCGUCAAUGGAAAUGUUUUAUGGCGGAGAAAAUGGGAGUACAUGACAACCCCAAAACCAACAAACAAAUUCCCUUCAAAGGUCUUAGUAAUACACUUUAUCAAGUUGACUUUGAGCUUGUGAACAGAAUAAACACGCAUCAAAACUCAUGGCGAGCAGCAGUUUACCCUGAACUGUCAAGGUACACGAUGGCUGAAAUAAGAAAUCGAGCAGGUGGUGUAAAGUCUUCACUUUCUAGACCUGCACCAAUGUUGCACAGAACCAGGGCAUCAGAAGAACUCCUUGCGUUAACUAGAAAUCUCCCGGUAGAAUUUGAUUGGGUCAAUCCACCAAAUGGUCUACGAAGUCCUGUUACACCAAUUCGUAAUCAACAAGCUUGUGGUAGUUGUUAUGCCUUUGCAUCUGCUGCUGCACUUGAAGCGCGUAUCCGUCUAGCUAGCAAUUUCACUCUGCAGCCUAUUCUAUCUCCUCAAGCUAUAGUUGAUUGUAGUCCUUAUUCUGAAGGCUGUAGCGGUGGUUUUCCUUUCCUGAUUGCUGGAAAAUAUGCUGAAGAUUUUGGAUUUGUACCAGAAGACUGUGAUCCAUAUACUGGUGAAGAUGGCGACAAAUGUCCUGUAUCCAAAAACUGUACUCGGUAUUAUGCUACAAAUUAUGGUUAUAUUGGCGGUUAUUACGGGGCGACUAAUGAAGAACUUAUGCGAUUAGAACUUGUUAAUAAUGGUCCAUUCCCUGUUGGAUUUGAAGUAUACGAAGAUUUUCAAUAUUAUAAGCAGGGUGUCUAUCGUCAUACAGGACUUCAUAGUAAUCGAUACGGUUUUGAUCCAUUCGAAUUGACCAAUCAUGCUGUUCUAUUAGUCGGUUAUGGUGUGGAUAAGUCAACUGGUGAACCAUACUGGAAAAUAAAAAAUAGUUGGGGUCCUGGAUGGGGUGAACAAGGAUUCUUUCGAAUUCUACGUGGAGUCGAUGAAUGCGGCGUAGAAAGCUUAGGUGUCCGAUUUGAUCCUGUUCUAUAAGUAAUCAUACACUUGUGUGUCUGUGUAUAAACCUAAGCUAAGCUCUACACAUCUUUACUCUUAUAUAUAUAAACGAACAAAUCAUGCAGAAUGUAUAAGACUGCCACUCUUACAUUUGAUCUGACUACUCUGCAAUCUCAUUUAUUCUAUUAUUAUUAUUACUUUUUUUUAUACAUUUAUUUAAAACAUAUUUACUAUUGAAAUUAGAUGGAUUGAUUGAUAAAAGCCGGUGAUUUUAAAGAAGAAUUAUUUUGUAGACCACAGCGUACAUCCAUUUUAGAUAUGUUUUCCCCCUCUUUAUUACCGUUUGAUAUAUUUUUCAAGCUGCUCCUAAGCUUUUCAUGUUUUUAGCACGUUGAUUAUUUAACAAUUACAAAUGGACAAUUUACAGACAUAAAAUUGCCUUGUUUUUGAACUUUCAGCAGUGAUGAUGUUUUGUGUUUUUUCUCACUGAAGCUGCUAAUCUCACCCCCCCCCCGCCAAAGCUUUCCUUUUUAUCCGAGCUUACUACCACCGGCUACAUGAGAUUUAAGUGUGCUUCGACCGGGAAUCGAACUCAAACCGCCAGUCAGCGUGGUUGAAAAGUGAGCAUUCUACCACCGAUGCACAAAGUCAGGCUUUCUCAUCCUCUUUUCGAACACUUUGACAGUCUCUCUCUCUCUCUCUGUGGAUUCAACAUAGAACUUGGCACCGAAGUGC